GGGUGUAUGGGUGAUAGCAUUAUGGGCCUAUAAUAGUUACUUCAUUAAUGCAGGAAAAAGAUAUAUAACUGUGAAUGUUUGAAAGUUUAAAAAUUUGAUGUGCCAGUGAUUGCUAAGCCUGUGUUUUACUAUUGAUCUAAUCUGUGUAUCUUUUUUUCAGUUAUGCCAUAGUCAAGAGGAUUCAAUAUUAUCUUUAUUAGGAGAUUAGGAAAGUCCUUUGACCAAGGACUGAAUUUGGCCUCAUUUUCAGAUCUGUGAAGAAAGAGUAGUCAGCACAUGGAUUCUCAAUAUUCUUUAGGGAUGGAGCACGUUCUGCAAUGGCCACUUCCCAUUGGCAAACAAUGUAAUGCGAAAUUGAACAGCACCAUCGACUCUUGAAGUAUUUAAAAAGCCUUUAUUUAUGCUUUUGUGGGCAUCACCGCAACGUUUCAGGGCAUGCGGCCUUUUAUCAAGCUUACUGACAAAUUAUAAGUACCGUACAACAAUUUAUACCCUUUAACACCAUCUAGUAGUCAAUAUAGUGAACAAAUUAUUUUAACAGCAAAACAAAAAACAAACAGGACCAACUGAAAUAAUCAAUAAUAUAGUGUCAAUUAACAUUUACGUCAAUCAAGUGAUACCGAUAGAUAGAUGCUUGGCACGAUAAAAAAUCACAUAGUGCAUCUGUAAAAAAUUUAGGCUUUUUAAAUACUUCAAGAGUCGAUGGUGCCGUUCAAUUUCGCAUCUCAUUUUCAGAUCUGUCAAGCUUUCUGUUGUUUGAUUGUUGGCCGGGGGGGGCUCCACUCCACUCCACUCCACUCUACUCUACUCUUACUCUACUCCACUCUUACUCUACUCCACUCCACUUGGCCAUUCCAUACUAAGAGAUUCAAGAAGAGAGUGAAAUGUGGAAAGUAAGAGAGCUGGAGAAACAGACAGACGAGACUUAUGGAGCAAAGAGAAGACGGACAUCUCCAGACAUUAACAAAUGGGACCACAGUGGCUACAAGGAGUUAUAUCCAGAAGAAUUUGAUAAGAGGGGAAGCAUGCGAUCAGGUGGUUUUGAUGCUCAGGUAAGCCAGGAGCAGGUGAAAAGUGGAGAGGAUACUGCAGUGAUUCUGAGACAGGAUGCAUUAAGUAUUCGUGCCUGGAACAAAAAAUAUUCUGAGUGUGAGGCCAAUAUUCCAGACAGAUGGGGUCACAGUGGGUAUAAAGAAUUGUACCCUGAGGAAUUUGAUACAGACAGCGGGGAAGAAAAAACUUCCAAAAGGAAGACAAAUGGGCAAGAAAAAGCAAGACGAAGGGAACAAAAGGAGCAGGAAUCCCACAAACGGAAAAGGUCCAAAAAGACUCACAAGAAAAAACAGAAGAAGCGAUCUCAUAAAAAGCUAAAAAAGCGAAAGAAGGAACGAGACGAGUCAACAGAAACAUCAAGUGAUAGUGACAGUAGCGAUGACAGUGAGGAGAAACAGAAAAAGUCCAAACGUAAGAAGAAGCUGAGAAAAAAGGCACAGAGGAAAAAGCCAUCCUCAUCUGGGCAGGACAGUGACUCUUCCAGUGAUGAGAUGAGCAGCACAGAAGAUGCUGAGUCAGAGGAACAUAAAAGGAGACAAACUAAAAGACAUCGCAGAAAAGAGUAUCACAGAUCAAAACCUAAGGACGUAGACAAGGUGGAGCGCAAAAGCAGGCGGACAAACUGGAAAGUGGCUAAGGAUGAGGGUCCAGAAAGCUCUGAUGAGGAUGACUGAUAUCCUGAGUAAUAGGGCUAAAAUGAGACUGACAUUUUGCAAAAUAACUGUCAUUUUUUUGAAGUGCAAUAUAUUUUCCUUCUUCUCACAGUUCUACACUUCCAACAGUUCUACUAAUCCAGCAGUUUUACUCUUCCAACAAUUUUACUCUGAGCAGUUUUUCUCUUCCAACAACUUUACUCAUUGAGCAGUUUCUACAAGUGCUAAAAUUGUCAGUGCAACAUGGUUCAAUUCGCUUCAUUAUUCAUGAUAAUACCAUUAUUCAGGCGUUGCUGAUGACCACUUGCCUGGUUUGCUUUGAGAUAUUUAACCAGUUGAAGCAAAUUAUCUGGACUAUAAUGGGCACCCUAAAAGACAAGCAUACAUAUAGUGUAUUUGGAAAGCCAUUAUGUGGGGAAAAAAAUUGUAUAUAAAGAGAGAAUCCUUGACUUGACCUUAUUGUGUGUUGUAUCUUUCACAUUUGUGAAACGUGUGGGGAGAAUUCGGAGUGAGACGCUAACCAAGUUAUAAAGAAUGGACCAACAAUAUCGCAAAUAUUUGUAUCUGCUGCUCUUCAAUUUAAAUUUUAAAAAGAGGGGUAUAAUAAAUUAUUGCUUUCUGGAUCUGAGGCAGUUUUUACACUUCUCUGCAAAAACUUAGUUUUAUUAAACAUCCAAUGUUUUCAAUUAGGGUUAUUCUUAAGUGAAAUAACCAAUGAGGAGAUGUAAGUGAAGACUUUUUUUGUUACUGUUAUUGGCUUUUUAACAUGGUACACAGGUCUUAGGAAAAGCUUAAUGUCCCAGCCCAUACUAUGUUCUUAACUGUAUGCUGCGGAUUCAGACACUGAACAUGGAGAGGCAAUAUGCCUCAGUAUUAUUCAAAUUUUCUUUAGUGUACAUUUUCCUGAAAUUACUUCUGCUCGAAGUCCUGAUGAUAAAACCAUCACACAUUACAAACCAAAUUGCAGUCUUUCUAAAAGACUAUGUUCAUCCUCCAUCAGGCCACCAGAUUAUUUAAAAAUGAUGACUUGAAGUGCUUGGCCACUUCUAGAUUUAUCUAAACCUUUAUUGUAACUUCCACAGACACAUAUGAUGACGCAGUUGGGUUGUUGGAAUCUUAGCUGUGCAAUACCAGGCACAUAGUGGCAGCUUUUCACUUCUUUAUUCUGAACUUCUUCCAGCUAUUGCCUAUCACCACCUUUACUAUGUGUGAAUGUGCAUAACAAGGGCUUUAGAGCUGCCAUUUUGCACUCCAGCAUUCACCAGGUAGUGUGGGAAACAGUAUAUGUGCUGUUUGCAUUAUUUUGUGUGUGUGUGUGUGUGUGAAAUAAUCAUUUGAUUGUUCCUGCUGUAUGUCAAGCUGUAAUUUACACAGUAUAGUAUUGUAAAGAUCAAGUCGAAACAAGGAAAUUUUGUGCAAACUUUCCUUUAUCUCUAGGGGGAUGCAGGAAAAAUGAUGUAGGCUGGACAUGCCUCAGAUAUUAGCAAGACUACCUAUCCAUGUUUACAAUGACUUGCAAUCCUGUGUUUCUGUUUUUUUUUUUUUUUGUUUAAGUUUAUAACUGCCACUUGAAAUAUUUUAUUUGGCAGUCUUGUGAAUCUAGAAGUGCAUUGUUUUACUCGUUGCUGUACUCUACUCCUGCUAUUACAAAUCCAAAUUUCUUCCAGACUUCUGAGCUAACAUUUCCUUAUGUCACUUGAACGUUAAUGAUCAAGGAGGUGCCAAGUAAUAAAAGUCUUUCCAAA